GCCGUCGUCUUCGGCAACGUCACGGCCAUCAUCCAGCGCAUGUACUCCCGCCGCUCGCUGUACCACACUCGCAUGAAGGACCUCAAGGACUUCAUCCGCGUCCACCGCCUGCCCCAGCAGCUCAAGCAGCGGAUGCUGGAGUACUUCCAGACCCCCUGGUCCGUGAACCAAGGCAUCGAUGUCAACCAGGGCGGAGGGACCACCUGGUCCGUGAACAACGGCAUCGAUGCCAACGAGCCUGUCUUCGAGACGGCCAGCCGGGGCUGCCUCCGCUCCCUCUCGCUCCACAUCAAGACCUCGUUCUGCGCCCCGGGGGAGUACCUGCUGCGCCAGGGCGACGCGCUGCAGGCCAACUACUUCGUCUGCUCCGGCUCCCUCGAGGUGCUGAAGGACAACGUGGUCUUGGCCAUCCUGGGCAAAGGGGAUUUGAUCGGAGCAGACCUGUGCAGCACGGACCAGGUCAUCAAGAGCAACGCGGAUGUGAAGGCGCUGACCUACUGCGACCUGCA